UGAUCGGAGAGGAAUCCGGAGAACGCGAGCUGGAGCAAUCAAUUUACAGGCGCAAUCUUUUCCUGCGCAAUCGCAUCUGAUCGCUUAGUUGGGUCUUGUCAACUCUCGUGUUGGUGGUUGUGUUUGAAGGACCUCCUCCGGCUUGCAUCCCAAGCAGCGCAAGCCGCAACCAUGACGAGCAUAGAUGAGCUUUUUAAGAAACUCUCUUCGGCAGCAAGCGCCAAGCGCAAGUUCGAUUCCGCGAGAGAUCCGAAUGAGCUCUAUAAGGCGGCUAAGCUCGAUGCGGAAGAUGACGUGAAAUCAAAAGGAAAGACGCCCAUGGUACAGGAUGAGGGCGAGGAGGACGAUGGUUACGCUGGGCCUGAACUACCUCCCGACUUCGACGCCGAGGAUAUCCCCGAUGACGAAGAAGGACGCUUCUUUGGCGGCGGCAUGGAACGCCAAACAGCCCAGGCUAUGCAGUAUAUUGAUCAGAAUGAGGAGGCAGAUGCUGCACCCGAGAAAUUCGAUGUUGCUUGGCUGCGACGGUUCGCCCUCAACUUCGAAAAGAAGAUUUCCAAGAACGCCGAACUCCGCGGGAAGUUUGAAAAUGAUCCUCAGAAAUUCAUGACCUCGGAGGCAGAUCUGGAUACUGAGAUCAAGAGCCUCUCGAUUCUGUCCGAACACUCCGAAUUAUAUAGCGAAUUCGCAAAGCUGGGCUGUGUAGGCUCGCUUAUGUCGCUGCUGUCGCACGAGAAUGCUGAUAUCGCAAUUGAUGCGAUUCAGAUCAUUGGUGAGCUAACGGAUGAGGACGUCGAGGCUGAUCAGGAUCAAUGGGAUAGCCUGGUAAACGCAAUGUUGGAUGCCGAUCUUAUCGAGCUUUUGGCUCAGAAUCUGACGCGACUCGACGAAGCAUCCGAAGUCGACAGAGCAGGCGUGUACUACGCACUAAAUGUCUUGGAAAACCUUGCUUCGCAAUCAUCCGUCGCUGAGAGGAUAGGGCACGACCCCAACGUCCUACUAUGGCUUAUCUCUCGUAUACAGAAGAAAGAAAGACCAGUGAGCCAAAACCAGCAAUAUUCAGCCGAGAUCCUGGCAAUUUUGCUACAGUCCACGCCCAAGAACAGGGAGAAGUUUGUUAGCCAAGACGGCAUCGAAGUUCUCCUUCAAUUGCUCAGUGCGUACCGCAAGCGUGACCCCGAGAAAGAUUCCGAUGAAGAGGAAUAUGUUGAGAACUUGUUCGGCUGCUUAAACUGUCUCGUGAAUGAGGAUUUCGGGAAACAAAAAUUCUUAGAAGCCGAAGGUGUCGAACUUGCGCAGAUCAUGUUGAAAGAAGGCAAAUUCAGCAAGCAACGGGCUCUGCGACUCCUGGACUAUGUUCUGGGCGGAAUAGCAGGCGCUCCUGCAUGUGAGCGCUUCGUCGAGGCAGCAUGCUUAAGUACAGUAUUUGGAAUGUUCAAGAAAAAGCAAGACAAUCAGACGACCGAGCAUCUACUGGGAAUUUUUGCUUCCCUGUUGCGUCUACUUCCGGGAGGUUCGGCACCACGGAUCCGUACUCUGGCGAAGUUCAUGGAGAAGGACUACGAGAAGAUUGAAAAGCUCAUCAAGCUGCGGCGGGAGUGUGCUUCAAGACUAUCGCCGAUCGAGCAGACUAUUGAGAAAGAACGGAAAAGUUUCACGGAAGAGGAACAAGAGAUCAUGGAGAGCGAAUGGCUUUCACGACGGCUUGAUGCCGGUCUAUUCUCCUUACAGCUUGUUGAUGUUAUUCUGGCCUGGUUGGUGGCUGAAGACGAUGGGGCGAAACAGAAGAUCGUUGCUCUUUUGUCUGACCGCGAUGAAGACCUGUCGCUUGUUCGAAAUACACUACAAGAGCAAGUGGAGGGGCUCUCUGAGGAUGAGCCAAGCGAGAAGGACAGCAAGGAGAUGUUGAAUACGCUUUUACAGUUUCUGUAGUAUAGUAUGUAGCACGAUGAGUAGUCAAUCGAUGCCCUCGUAUUCAAUAACGACAAUCAGUUGACAGUCAAUUGAAGUGGAAGUACAGCC